GUCUCUUAUUGUCAUAUUUGUUGUAUGUAUGUUCUUUAAAAGUUGAUUUGUUUGUUGUUUGUAUUUUUCUAUUUUGGCUUGUUUAUAUAUUUAUUGUUUAUUUGUUUGUUUUGUAUAUAUUUCGAUUGGUCUGUUUGUCUGUUUAUGGCUUACUUGCUUUCGGGUCUCUAUUCAUGUCUGUCUUUUUGUCUGCCUGUUGGUCUGUCUGUCUGUCUGUUGUUUGAUUUAUUGUUAUGAUUGUUUGUUUUGUCAGUUUGGUUUUUAGUUUUCUGGUAGGUUUCAUGUGUAUUUUACUUGUUUGUUUGCAUUUUUUUUCUCCUAGUUUCUCUGUCUGCUCUACUGUCGUUAGAUAGAGAACGCGCUUGUACUUGAGUAUUUGUUUAUCCUUGUUCUUUUAAUAUUUAAGAUUAUAAGUCAAGUCUAGUUUAAGGGUGUGGCCUAAAAACGUAUAAUUCAAGCCUCUAUCUCAUGAUUUUAAAAAUAUCAUGGCAUAUCUCUGCCUAUCUUCAAUGAGUAGUACUUGUACACUACAUCCUACAAAUUAAACGUUUAUGAAAAGCAGCUUUGUAUUAAGAAAUUUACAGGCUAGGCUUGCAUGGCUCAGCUUUGGACAACGGCGUUCCUGAGUAGAAGCCAGUCUGAUUUUAGGAGUGGCCUAAAUCGUACAAUUUAACCCUCUAUCUCACGAUUUUCCAAGAAGCAUGGACUAGCUCCGCAUAUCUCCAAUUAGUAGUACUUGUACUUUAUCCUACAAAUUAAGAGUGGGCGCAACUAAAUAAAGCAGAACUCAGUCUGUUCUAUCGUUACUCGUCAGCUGUUCACUUUCGGUUGUGACCGCAGGGGCAACGUUAUUUCUGGAACCGACACUAUACUUUUAUGGUUGCUGACGCACUACCUCCAUUGGUGUCCACCACAGUAACACACUUCAAGGUGUCGUCUAUAGAGUCUACCCCACAAUUGAGUGCAUGGCCAUUAGCUAAACGUAAUGUGAAGGCCACAAGUCUUGAUUACCAUCUGGUGGUGGACAGAAAGGUGUCAUUACACAUCAAGUGCGGAUGUGGACAUUGCUAUUAGAAGCGGAGUCAGCAUACAGGAGGAUAUCCACUGACGUAUACACUUCGUCGAUUUUCGUUCCUCCUACGCAAUUGCAAUAGGACAUAUAGCCAGUUGACAUUGCUGUUGUAAUCAGUUCGGCUAUUUUCAGAUCGAAGCAGUCUUUAUGAAUCAAUCACUGGUGUGUUCAAUUCUUUUGUUGAUAUUGUCAACUCAGCAACGUCUCUCCUCAAGUUUCGAGAUCUUCUCAAAUCCAGAGAGAUUUUCAGGUCUUCUUCCUUCCAUUCGUUCCAGAAAAGAACAGAUCAGCCAGGCUCAGUUUAUUACAAAAGUCAGAAUCACCAAGAUUUAUGGAAACAUUGACAAAGAUAACAAACUGUAUAAAGCACAAGUGAUUUGCAACUUGAAAGGAAUUAUGAACAGCCCAGAAUAUAAAUAAACGUUAGCCAAGUCGACAGAAUAUGUCAAGUUAUACAUAAACAUACCACGGUCGGAGACGACGUGAUUGUCUUGAUGAAUAAAAGCAAUUCAGUUGGAAGAAUUUGGAAUCUAAACAGUCCUGGAAUGUUCAGUAUACAGGAAUGGGAAAGAGACUAUUCUAGCCAUCUUGCUGACACUCCUUCCUUUAACGAUGUGAACAAACCUACUCUUAGCCCUCUUACAACCACAACUAACAAAGCAAAAGCCAAAACAAAUUCCUGGAGACCUGUUGCUUCUGCUCAAACGAAGACACACGAUUCUGCCAACUGCACAGACAUUCCAUGGCAUGCAUUCGUUUGGGAUCGCCGAGUCUGCAAGACACGGUGCGACGCGGUUGCAAUUCAUGACUUCUGGCUUCUGACAUCGGCCCGCUGUGUUAGUCACUACACAAGCACACCAAGACGUCUAGUAAUCAGCUUGGGAGUCAGCAAUGCUGGACAGAUGAGGAAGUCCUCUCAAGCACGAUCCAUUGUUUUACAUCCACAGUGGAAAGCUCGAUCAGACGGGGAAGGUGUGGCAUGGCAUGGCACUAGUGAAGAUGAAGACAUCUAAACAUAAUAGGGGAUUAUGUCCUACUGAACCAAUAUCAUUGGCAUCACCUGGUGAUACCGUCACAGACCUUCACUGCUUGGGAUCUAAAUCUGAUGUUUAUAACGGAUAUGUAAAGAAACUAAUGUUGAAUACACCAAAUUCCAAAGUAGAUACAGAUCAUACAGACACUUAUUGGGCAGCAAUUGCAUGUAGAGUUCAAAAUGGUCAGUGGCGCUUGUUCCAAGUCCUUAGUGGCACCUCUGGUCGAUUCACGCACCCAUUCUUGACAAACACUUACAACAACAAGAACGUCACCGACUGGAUAACUCAACGGAUCAAAGAACUUCAAAGCAUUUCCUAAAUUCGGACAAGUUUACAACAAUUAUGUGUAUCUUUAUACAAAGACAAAAUAUACAAAUAAUUGUAAUCAUUAUUAAGUUGUCGGAAACAGAGGUAAUAAGACGCAUUGCAAAUGCGCGUCGAUGAAA